CAAAACCAGUAAAGAUCAUCAAUGAUGGAUAAUUUUCUCAAAGACGCAGGAAUGAAGUUUAAUUACAAGAGAUUAGACACGGAACAGACGAUAACUUUCCAACCUUAAAUCUUAUUAUUAUUGACUUGCUUUUAAAUGCAGCGGAAAAAAAAUGCUACUAGUGAUCCAGUAUCAAUCUAACAACACCAUAAAACUAAUUCUGAGAAUCUUUGAACUUAUAAAAGCCCAUAACAAGCCCAAUAACAACACAGCCGACGAAACGCCUUUGUUUGAGAAUCCUGUCCUCUCCGCCGCUGAAGCAGCUCCGUUCAACAGUUUGCUUCUUUCACACUCUUCUUGUCCCCAAACAUGUCUCCAUGGAAGCCUCCGACCCCUCGCCUCCUCCUCAAAAACGUCUCCUGCAUGAGAAACGCGCAGCAGAUCCUCCGCCACGUCAACGUCUCCCUCCACGACGGCGGAGCCCUCGUCCUAACCGGAACCAACGGAUCCGGCAAAUCAACCUUCUUACGAAUGCUCGCCGGAUUCUCAAAGCCCUCCGCGGGCGAAAUCCUCUGGAACGGCCACGACAUCACGCAGUCAGGAAUCUUCCAGCAGUACAAGCUCCAGCUCAACUGGAUCUCCCUGAAAGACGCAAUCAAGGAGAGGUUCACGGUCCUCGACAACGUCCAGUGGUUCGAGCUCCUGGAGAACAAGAUCGGGAAAGCGCAGCCGGCGCUGGAGCUGAUGGGGCUAGGGAGGCUGGUGAAGGAGAAGUCGAGGAUGCUGUCGAUGGGGCAGAGGAAGAGGCUGCAGCUCGCGAGGCUGUUGGCGAUUGAUAGGCCCAUUUGGCUUUUGGAUGAGCCCUCCGUUGCGUUGGAUGAUGAAGGGGUGAGGCUGCUUGAGUUUGUUAUCGGGGAGCAUAGGAAGAAAGGAGGGAUUGUGAUUGUGGCGACUCAUCUUCCGAUUGAGAUUGAGGAUGCGUUGAUCUUGAGGCUUCCUCCUAGGUUCCCUAGGAAGAUGACUUUGAUUGAUAUGCUUGAUCGUGCUGACAUUUCUUAGCUUAGGAUCAAAAGAUUGUUUGAUUAUUUUGUUUGUACUUUUUUUUUUUUGUUUGUACUUGUUGUGUAAGGGAAUCAAAUAAUGGAUUUGGGACGAGUUAAACGUAUACGUUUGGACA